CAUUUUUCAGGAAUCUUAAUUCGGAAAUUACUCGGUGAUGUGAUAAUAAUGGAAACUGAAAUUGAAGAGCUCAAGUCGAAAUUGAAAGAAUCGGAAUCAAAACAAGUAGCCAUUGCCCAACUGGCAAAAGAGAUAUUGGAGAAGGACAAGGAUAAGGAUCAACGUCUCUCCACGCUUGGUGAAGAAAAUCUUCAGCAGUGUAGAGAUAUUUCUCGGUUACAAACAUUGUUGAAAAGUCGUGACGAAUAUUUGGCUGAUGCUGAGAAUGAAGUGACAAAACUUCGCAAUGAAAUUACCGAAAUAAACGCCACCAAAAGUGCUUAUUUGGUCGAACUUGAACAAAAAAUAUCUUCUCUUCGUGCAGAGAUAAAUGAAAAGAAUGACAUGCUGUUUGAACGCGAACAAGAAAUACAAGAACUGAAAAAAACAUUAGCAUCGAAAGAACGGGAACUUGAAAAAGCAUUACAAAAACCUGAGGUGCCGAUCAGUCAAAUACGAGACAGUUUCUCUGAUUCUGAGCAAAUGAAAUUAAACGAAAAAAUGGCAGAGUUGGAAUUAGAGAGGAAUUUGAUGUUGGACGAAAUUUCACAACUGCAAGAUAAAGUAGUUAUAACUAGUCGGAAUUUGGACAAUGAACGAAGUCAUGUUGAAGAGCUUUCAACGAUAUGUAAUGGUUACAGACAUGACAUCGAGGAAUUAAAGAAUCGAUGUAAUGAAUUAACUUCCGAAUUGAAUGAAUAUCGCAGUAAAACAAAGAUCGCAAAAAGGGGGAACUCAAUGUUUUUUGAAUUUGUUGAUGAAAGAGUCAAACUGGAAAAAGAUCUUCUGAAGCUGAAAUGCCAAAAUGAUUUUUUUGCUAGUCAGAAAGAAGCAUAUGAGCUGGAAUUAAACGAGCUAAGACACGAACUGAUGCUUGCGUUAACUUUACGUACUAACGAAGGGAUUGCUGGCAGUGAUACGAGUAUGUUGCAACUGGAGAUUUCUCGUUUACGUACUGAAUUGACGGCGGUUAACGCCAAAUUACUAGAGAAAUGCAAGGAGAAAACGCAAGCUGAGAUGGGGACUAUUUCAAAUAAUUCGGCGAUAGUUGACAUGAAGGAAUAUGCUUUCAACACUUUGAAAGAAGAGGUGAAAAUGUUAACUCUAAAGUUAAACAGAGCGGAGAAGGAGCGCGUGGAAUACUUUGAUAAAGUUCGAGAAUCUGAGAAUCGAUAUUUCGAAGAAUGUAGGCGUUCCCGGAAACUCUUAAACGAAAUGGAAUGUCUAAAAAGACAACUUAUACUGGAGCAGAAGAAGAGCUUUAAUAAUGCACUUUCUAAAACGUUUAAACCUUCAAAAGAAAUUCUGUCCGAAAGGAUUAUUGACUUCAAUGAAAAAAUUGCUAAUAUUAACCAGAUUGAUGUGGAUGAUCCAACUAUCAGCGGGAUUCAAAGCUCAUUUACGUUAUCGAAUUCCUCUUUGACAUCUGCAAGAUGUCCAUUGAAGGAAGGUGAAAUUACUGAUGUUAGAACUGGAACAAAAACAAUGCCAACCAAAUCAGGAUCUGAUAUUGAUCAAAAUGAGGCGCCACAAUUGUCAGAGUUAAAAGUGCAGUCAAAUACGAGUGGUACGGAAAUGCCCGUUGAGAAGCGGCUAAAAUUUCAGUUGCCAGACGAAGAAUUUAGUCAGUCGCUGACGGAUCGGGCUAAAGAUGUAUAUCCAAGAAGACCAAAACGAAAAAGAAGAAUAAUGAGAAGGGUAUGCGAAGCAGGUGGUUUGUGAAGAGGAAUGUCUGCUAUGGUUCAUUCUGCAAAACAAUGUUUUGAAAAAAGAAAAAAAAACCGUUCCUAUGCUUCAUUGUAUGGCGCUUUUAUAAUCUGCUGAUGCUUUAGCUUGAAUUUUUUUUUAAUGAAAGCAGUACAUGAUGUUAUAUUGAAAAUGUUUUGCAUCAGUAUAUUUCACUUCAGAGAAAUUAUGGAGGAAGUUUUUCACUUAAUCUCUGUGGUGUAAUUAUAUCUGCAUUUUUUCGUUUAAGUAGUUCCAGUGUACUUUAUGGUUAAUCAUUAUACUUGUAAACAUAUUAACAUUCCUCUUUUCACCGCUCUUUCUCUCUCUUUUCUGAAUUGAAUAC